UCUAAGUGCAGAGAAAUCAUUGUGGUUUGGUAGGAUCUGGGUACCAUUGGCUGCUCACUAUCCACCAAUCUUUGACUUUUUAGAAAAAGGAAGGCUGAAGUGAGUGAGUGUCAGACAGUGAAGGGAGUCAGAUAGCUGUGUUGCCCUCUGCACCUGCUCAACAUGUAUAAAGUUGUUUCUUCUCUAAGUGGCCGCUGUGCCGUUUUAACAGGACAAUCCUGCUAUUCACCUGUUUCGGCCAAACUUCACCUGGGAAGUGGUGCAGUAUGUCAGAAAUCAGCCCUCAAAUUUCGUCCUGCAGAUCUCCCAGAGAUGCCCUCAUGCAAUUUCACACCAGAGGAAUACAAGGGUAUGUCCAAAGAGCGGAUGAUGGAGAUCCGCAGGCAGAACUGCAACCCCGUGACCAUGAAGAUUACCUACUAUAAGAAACCGAUGUUCAUCCACCAGGGACACAUGCAGUGGCUGUGGGAUGUGGACGGGAACAGAUAUCUGGACCUAUUUGCUGGCGUGGCGACUGUCAGUUUGGGCCACUGCCACCCGAAGGUGACAGCAGAUAUAGAGAGGCAGUUGAAGAGACUGUGGCAUACUACAAACAUCUACGUCCAUCCUACUCUCCAUGAGUAUUGUGAGAAACUAGCUUCCCACCUGCCGGAUCCUCUCAAGGUGAUAUAUCUCACCAACAGCGGCUCAGAAGCCAACGACCUGGCCAUGUUGAUGGCUCGACUUCACACUGGCAACAUUGACCUCAUCACUUUCAGAGGAUCAUACCAUGGUGGCACCCAACAGACCAUGGGUCUUACCUCCAACUCAUCAUAUAAAUACCCCAUCGCCACUAGCUUAGGCUGCACACACGUCAUGAGUCCUGAUGUGUUCAGAGGUCCGUGGGGAGGAAGCCACUGCAGGGACUCUCCUGUGCAGACCAUCAGAGACUGUAGCUGUGCCCAAGGUCACUGCAUGGCAAAUGACAAAUACAUUGGAGAUCUCAAAGAGUCAUUCGCUACUAGUGUCCCAAGUCGAAUUGCUGGUUUCUUUGCAGAGCCAAUUCAGGGAAUGGGAGGAGCCGUGCAGUACCCUAAAAACUACCUCAAGGAGGCUUACAAACUUGUGAGAGAGAGAGGAGGAAUCUGCAUUUCCGAUGAGGUCCAGACUGGAUUUGGGCGAACAGGAAACCACUUCUGGGGUUUCCAAGGUCAUGACGUCAUGCCCGAUAUGGUUACAAUGGCGAAGGGCAUUGGUAAUGGAUUCCCAAUUGGAGCUGUUGUUACAACACCAGAAAUUGCUGCAUCCUUCGGUAAGGCCUCCCACUUCAACACCUUUGGAGGAAGUCCUUUGGCUUGUGCUGUUGCUUCAUCAGUGCUGGAUACUAUCAAAGAAGACGGCACACAGCAGAACAGUCUGAAUGUGGGCACCUAUCUGAUGACAGAAUUGGCAAAACUCAGAGAAAAGUAUGAGAUUAUCGGUGAUGUCCGUGGAAAAGGCCUGCAGAUCGGUAUGGAAAUGGUCAAAGACAAGGCCAGCAGAGACCCGUUGCCUACUCAGGCAAUGAGUGAGAUCUUUGAGGACAUAAAGGACAUGGGAGUCCUGAUAGGGAAAGGAGGAGUCUACGGACAGACCUUCCGCGUCCAACCCCCCAUGUGCAUCACAAAGGAGGAUGUAGAUUUCUUCCUGGCAGUUUUUAACAAGGCCGUCCACAACUACAUGGACAGAAAAUGAACGGGUCAGAGGAGUAACUCAAUGCCAAGAACCAAACCAAACCUAUAAAACCACGAGCACUCAGCAGCCGACUGCAUUUUUGUAAAUCUUUUGAAAUAUUAAAAAUGUAAUUAUUAAUAAUUUUUUUUGUCCUGAUGUGGAAGAUUGUUUCCUUCAUAACAGGGAACUUUAACACUUAACUAUGAUCUGCAUGUUAUAACUAUGAAAGUCAGUCCUGCUUUCGAACAUGUUUUUCUUUUACUGUGAGGUCUCAUAAUUAUUCAGUACACUACGCAAACAUCACUACAUACAGUAUGUCUUUCUAACUGACUUGGAAUUCAUUUUUUGCUCUGUUAAGAUCUAAAUCAACAUUGUUAUGAUUUUUAGGGAGGAUGUAUAUCUUAAUGUAACAAGUUUGAUGUAACAAAUAUUUGUGCUUUGAAAUAUUUGCUUAAAUAUGCCAUUUUGUUUGUACUGUAUUUGUCACCAAUAAAACAGCAUAUAAAGGUA